AUGUGCUACUACCGCAACUACUACGGUGGCUUGGGCUAUGGCUACGGUGGCCUAGGCUGUGGCUAUGGCUGUGGCUAUGGCUAUGGUGACUAUGGUGGCUAUGGUGGCUGUGGCUAUGGCUACGGCUGUUGCAGUCCCCUGUGCUGUAGGAGAUACUGGACCUAUGGCUUCUACUGA